ACGGCCUGAUUCGCCUACAACACGUGUAGUUUUACUUACCAUAUGUAGCAUCUUUUAGAAUAAAUUGAGUUGUUGAUAAGAAACAUUAGACAAAUCAGUAAAGUUGUUGGGUGCGCUUGACUAGUAAGUUGACCACGUGAUGAAUUCUUUCUUUCGCAUUAUUCCAUCCAUAAAGACAGGCUCUUCAUUUUCGGAUCAAUCGUUCGGUAACUUGUUCCCACUUCCUAAAUAUUUUUGUUUGAUGUUUUUAUCACGUUAAUCAAGAGCCAAACCAUGGCACCUCCUGAGAAGUUAAAGCCAAAAAAUAUUACUUUAUCACGUUAGUUUCGGGUUGGUGAGAAGUUUCAGGUUAAAGCAAGAGAUUACAGUCACAUGGAUGCAACCUUUGCUUUAACGCUCGUAGAAGCUAUCUUGAUUUUGCUGGCUAUAGCAAUUUCUAAAGCCGUCAGAUUAAUCUCUCCACCUCAUGAUAGUUGUAAAGAUGUUGGUGAUUCGGUUGCCACGGUUUCUUCUCUUUCUAAUAACAUUGUUGCUCCUUCUGCAACCAAGUACGACGUCUUUCUUAGCUUUAGAGGAGAAGAUACUCGUGACACUUUCUCAAGUUAUCUCUAUCACGCACUUCGCGAAGCUAACAUUGAUACUUUUAUGGAUCACAAGCUCCACAAAGGAGAUCAUAUCUCAGAUAUUCUCUUGAAAACAAUAGAGAAAUCAGAGAUAUCUUUGAUUAUUUUCUCUGAAGAUUAUGCUUAUUCAACUUGGUGUAUGGAUGAGCUCGUUCACAUUAUGAAAUGUAAAGAUAAGUGUGGAAGGCUUGUUGUCCCAAUUUUCUACAACGUAGAUCCAUCAGAUAUUAGGAAACAGAAUGGGGGAUUUGGAUAUGGAUUUGCUAAGCUCAAGCAGAGAUUUAAGCGCAAUCAAGAAAGAGUGCAGGAGUGGGAAAAUGCUUUGAUCAAAUCAGCAAGUCUAUCUGGGUGGGAUUCAAAACAUAUCAGGCCUGAAGCCAAACUUGUCAAAAAGAUUGUCAAAGAUAUUUUGAGCAAAUUGAAUCGCAAGUCGUCCUUUCAUGUGGAAGGACUAGUUGGGAUUGAUCAUCAAAUUCAGGAAGUUGAAGAGCUACUGAGUGAAGCUCGCAUUGUGGGAAUAUGGGGUAUGGGUGGUAUAGGCAAAACCACUCUUGCUAGUGCCGUAUUUGACAGGUUGAAAGCUGAGUUUGAAGCUUCCUGCUUUGUUGAAAAUGUGAGACAACUGCUGGAAAAGAAUGGUGGCUUGAAUGAAUUGCUGGAAAAAUGCCUUAAAGAAUUAUUAAAAGAUGAGGAGAUUAACACUUACAAUUUAAGAUCUAAUUUUGUGAGAAGAAGGCUUCACCGGAAAAAAAUUCUUCUGGUACUUGAUGAUGUGGACAAUUUUAUAGCAGCUGAAGAUUUAAUCAAAUCAUAUGGUUGGUUUGGGGAUGGAAGUAGAAUUAUUAUGACAUCUAGAGACAUGCAAGUGCUUAAGAAUGCUUCUGCAUUUCUAACAUAUCAUGUUCCAACAAUGGAUCACCAUCAUGCUCUUCAUCUCUUUAGUUUGAAAGCUUUUAAGCAAAAUAAGCCAUUCAAAAACUACUUGGAGUUAUCAGAGCGGGCAGUGUAUUAUUGUCAUGGAAAUCCUUUAGCGCUAAAAGUGCUGGGUUCCUUUCUUCAUGAGAGAGAAAAAGAAGUAUGGGAAAGUGCUCUGGCAAAACUAAAUCAUACUCUUCACAACGACAUUUUUAAAGUGUUGAAGUUGAGUUUUGAUGGACUUGAUGACGAUAAGAAGAAUGCAUUUCUUGACCUAGUAUUUUUUCCGAACGAAGGACCGUGGAUUUCUCUAGAUUGUGCUAGAGCCUUACAUGCAGAUAUUGACAUAGAGGUACUUAAAGAUAGAUCCCUCAUUCCAUUGCAUGCUCUGUUAGUGGAGAUGGGCCUUGAAAUUUCUCAUCAACAAUUAAUAUCUAACUCUGGAAAACCCAUUCGACUUUGGAGACCUGAGGAUGUUUAUCAUUUCUUCAACAAUGACAAGGGGAUUGAGGCAAUUCGAUGCAUGUUAUUAGAUGCAAGCCAGAUAGAAAGCAUGACAUUGAGGGCUACUCAUUUUCGAAGGAUGCGUCAUUUAAUGUUCCUUAAUGUUUACAAGUCUGAUCAGAGAAAGCCUUCAAAGUUGAAUAUUUUUGAAGAGUUGGAUUAUCUUUCGGAAGAAUUAAGGUUUCUUAGUUGGCAACAUUAUCCACUGCCAUCUGUGCCAUUACAAUCUUGUGCUAAGAAUCUCAUUGAACUUAAAAAUGCCUCAUAGUAAUAUCCAACAGCUUGGGGAUGGAAAUCAGCAAUUUCCAAAUCUAAAGGAAAUAUGGCUUGACAAUUCAAAAAAUCUCAUGGAACUCCUGGAUUUGUCUCAAGUCCCGAAGC